CCCGCAUUAAUUUCUCUCUCGCCUCCUUUAUCUAGCUUGCACCAUUCCCAUGCUUUCACUCACACCGUCUCUUUCUCUCUGAUCUUUUCAUUCUGUCUCUUCUCUUUUCUUUUCCUCUCUUCUCUCUUUACUUCCCUCAAUAGCAAAAGCUAUGGCUCUUCUACUAGACAACUGUGAAAGCAUUUUGCUGUCUUUGGACACACACAAAUCAGUUCCUGCACCUUUCCUUACCAAAACAUACCAACUUGUAGACGACCCUUCCACCGACCACAUAGUCUCUUGGGGCGAAGACGACACCACCUUCGUCGUUUGGAGACCCCCCGAGUUCGCUAGGGACCUUCUCCCCAACUAUUUCAAACACAACAACUUCUCCAGCUUCGUUCGCCAACUCAACACCUAUGGUUUUAGAAAGAUUGUGCCUGAUAGAUGGGAGUUCGCGAAUGAGUUCUUCAAGAAAGGAGAGAAGAACUUGUUGUGCGAGAUUCACAGAAGAAAAACCCAUCACCAGCAUCAUCAACAAGUACAAGCCAUGAACAACCAUCACCACCAUCAUAAGUUUGGACUCAACGUUUCCUCUAUCUUUCCCUUCCACAAUAACAGACUCAGUGUUUCCCCUUCUCAUGAUUCGGACGAGGUAAUAAUACCCAAUUGGUGUGACUCGCCCCCAAGAGGAGUUGCCGGUGUAAACAACAACAACAGCAGCAGCAACAACUACAACACUGUCACUGCACUUUCUGAGGACAACGAAAGACUUAGGAGAAGCAACAACAUGCUCAUGUCGGAGCUCGCACACAUGAAGAAGCUUUACAACGACAUCAUCUACUUCGUUCAGAACCAUGUCAAGCCCGUGGCUCCUAGCAACAACAACAAUUUCCCUUCUUUUCUACUCUGCAGUGAUAAUAGUAAUAUCAACAACAACACAUCACCACAAACACAAACACAAGCACAAGCCUCUCCUAUGAGUAACGUUUCAACGGUGCAAAGGCAACUGAAGCAGUUUGUAGGGUGCUAUUCCAACAACACAAAGCAAGCGCGUGCUGUGAACUCUCCCACUAACAGUUCCAUAACCAUUGUUGAGGAAGAGGCUAGCAGUAACAGUUGCAAGACCAAGCUUUUUGGGGUGUCUCUUCAAUCCAAGAAAAGGGUGCACCCUGAGUACGGGUCUAACAAUGUUCUUCAAAGCUCCGAAACGAAUAAGGCGCGUUUGGCUUUGGAAAAUGAUGAACUAUUAGGCUUGAAUCUUAUGCCCCCUUCAACUUGUUAAUUAGUUAGUUAAGUUAGUCCUCCCAAAAUUCAUAACCUUAGAACCUUGCUAUUUUCUAAUUUUAAUUGCUUCAUAUAUGUAUAAAUAUAUAUAUUUUUCUUCUUUAAUCCCUUAAUUUGAGUUUUGAAGAAGGCAAAUGCUGUUGAUGGAAGCUUGUGUUCGUGCGUGAUCCUGUGUACAUUUAACUUGGUGCCGAGGUUAUAUCCUUCGUUUUUCCUA